AUGUCUAAAGAAUAUAUUAUUGUCACCGGCGGUGCUGGUUAUAUUGGAUCACAUACCGUUAUCGAAUUAAUCGAAAACGGGUAUGAAGUUAUCAUCAUUGAUAGCUUAUGCAACUCGAGUUAUGAUGCAAUUGCAAGAAUCGAGUUUAUGGUUAAAAGAUCUGUCAAUUUCUUCAAUAUCGAUCUCAGGGACCAUGAAAGAUUGACCAAUGUCUUCAAGACCUUCAAAAUUAAAGGGGUCAUUCACUUUGCAGCAUUGAAAGCAGUGGGUGAAUCUACUAAGAUUCCAUUGGAAUACUAUGAUAAUAACAUUAAUGGAACUAUUAACUUAUUAAAGGUGAUGAAAGAAAAUGAAGUUAAAACUAUUGUUUUUAGUUCUUCUGCGACAGUUUAUGGUGAUGCUACUAGAUUCGAAAACAUGAUACCAAUUCCUGAACAUUGUCCAAACGACCCAACAAAUCCUUACGGUAAAACAAAAUAUAUGAUUGAAAAUAUCAUAAAAGAUAUACACACUAGUGACAAAUUCUGGAGAGCGGCUAUUUUGAGAUAUUUCAACCCAAUUGGUGCACAUCCUUCUGGUCUUAUUGGUGAAGAUCCAUUGGGUAUUCCAAAUAAUUUACUUCCUUAUUUAGCUCAAGUUGCAAUUGGUAGGAGAGAAAAAUUAUCCAUUUUUGGUAGCGAUUAUGACAGUCAUGAUGGAACACCAAUAAGAGAUUAUAUUCAUGUUGUUGAUUUGGCUAAAGGACACAUUGCUGCUUUGAAUUAUUUAAAUCAAUUGAACUCUAAUGAAGGAUUAUUUAGAGAAUGGAAUUUAGGCACUGGUAAGGGUUCUACUGUUUUUGAUGUUUACCAUGCGUUUUGUAAGGCUGUUGGUAAAGAAUUGCCUUAUGAGGUAGUCGGUAGAAGAGAUGGUGAUGUACUUGAUUUAACUGCUAAUGCAACCAGAGCAAACAAUGAAUUAAAAUGGAAAACAAAUUUUACGAUCGAAGAUGCCUGUAAAGAUUUAUGGAAAUGGACUACUGAAAACCCAUUUGGUUUCCAAAUCAAAAAUUACAAUUGGAAACUUUUCAAUGAUACAGAUGUGGAAGACUUCAGAAAUAGAUUGCACACUGUGUCUUUUGAAAACUUUAAGGUCUCUAUUGCUAAUUAUGGUGCAUUAAUCCAAGAUGUUAACUACAAUAAUGAAUCUUUAGUUACUGGUUUUAAGACCUUUAAUGACUAUAAGUCUGAAGAUAAUCCAUUUUUUGGAACUACCGUCGGACGUUAUGCUAACAGAAUCGCUAAUGGUGAAUUCCAAUUGGAUGGGACCAUGUAUAAAUUAACUAAGAAUGAAAAUGGGGCUAAUACUUUACAUGGUGGUGCUAAUGGUUUCGAUAAACAAUACUUUUUGGGACCAAUUGCAAAACACCAUAAAGACCACACAACCUUAGAAUUUGUUUUAGUUGAUACUGAUGGUAAUGAUGGAUUCCCUGGUGAUUUGGAGACAACUGUUAAAUAUACUAUAAAAGAGGAUUCAUUGGAAAUCGAGUACAUAUCUUCACUUGCUGAAGGUUCUAAACGUUCGGUUACUGCCGUGAAUUUAACUAACCAUUCAUACUGGAAUAUUUCACCAAAUAAGGACAUUAAUGGUACUCGUAUUAGAGCAAUUACUAAUAAAUGCUUAAAAGUGGAUCCAAAAUCGUUAUUGCCUACCGGUGAAAUUAUUGAUUCGCCUCAUGAUUUAACGAAGACUGUGGAAUUAACUCCUGAUAUUUCAUUCGAUAAUUGCUUCAUUGCUAAUGAAAAGGGUUCGUCACUCGAUACUAGAUCAAAUGAAUUGAUUGACGUGGUAGAAGCAACACAUCCAUCCUCUAAGACCAAGCUCACAGUGGCUACUACGGAUCCAGCCUUCCAAUUUUAUACAGGCGAUUACACAAAUAUUAAUGAUUUUAAAAGCAGAAGUGGGUUUUGCGUCGAAUCAAGUAGGUUCAUUGAUGCUGUUAAUAAUAAGGAAUGGGCUGAACAGGUUGUUUUAAGGAAAGGAGAAACCUAUGGUUCUAAAUUAAAAUUUUCAUUAUCUCCUUUUACCACUUAA